AUGCACUCUGGGGCGAAGCAGCUGAGCAAAAUAUGUGAUGAGAUAAUCGACGAACGCCGAGCGGAGCGAGACGCAAGGGGAAGAGAGGAAAGGCGUGACUUGUUAGACAAGCUUAUGCAUCUCGAUGAAGUGGACCUGCGAGGGAACCUCAUCACGUUCCUCAUUGCUGGUAGCGACACUACCGCCAUGACUGUCGCCUGGUGUCUCUACUAUCUGGCCCUAUACCCUGGAAUACAGGACAAGGCCAGGGCCGAGGUGGAUGGCCUUGGGCAUGAUCCCAAUACUCAAGAGGACAUAGACAAGCUAGUCUGUGUCAGGUGCUGUAUACUUGAGACCCUCAGGUUACAACCUCCGGGUACAUUGCUCUCCUUCAAAUGCGCCCAUGACACUGAGCUCCACGGUGAGCUAAUCCCAUCGGAGACAUGUGUGGUAACAUUGUUGCGUAAAGCGAUGAUAGCAGAGGCGCAGGGAGGCAAAACAUUCGAGUAUGUCUUCACUGUUGUUCAUUACUUCAUGCUGGAGUCUCUAUCCCUGAACCUGCCUUCUAUCUCAGUCCUGAGCGUUGGCUUCUCCCCGGCGGCUCCUCGAUAG